GAGAUUUUGGUUCCCCAAGCGCUAGCGGUGAAUUAAUCCUGGCUUGCUCAACUUCGCAUGUUUCAAGCGCGGGGUAUUAUUAUCAUCUUCGAGCCCUGGUGCCUGCCGCUCUGAUGGGAAGCCCCCUUCCCCUGUGUUUGUCCUGAGCGGGAAGCCCCGAGAAGAGAGGGGGUAACUCCCCCCCGCGGGAUGCCCCAGAACCAGGGUUUGGAAGCCCGGCCCGGCAGCCUUUUCCUUCCUGUUUCAGUCCUGGCUUUAUAUCCUGUCUUCCCCCGAGCGGUGCUCCGGAUGGCCAGGCCAGCCUCGUAAAAACAGUUUAAUUAAACGCCUCGUCAGAGUGGCUGCUUUAGUGGCCUGGGGUUGAAACCGUUGGUGUGGAGCCUGUGGCUGCCCGGAGGCUGCCGAGUCACCCGGGGUGGCCGGGGCAUGGCUGUCGGGAACCCGGCGUUGCUCUCCUCCCCUUUGCUUUGAGGCGAAUGCGGUCAUUCCUAGUCCGCCUUCCCUGACCCCGGACCCUCCACCCUAACCCCAGAGUCCUGUCAUCCUUAGCCAGCCGGGGAUGAUGGGGAUUGGAGUCCAACCUAUCUCCCCGUGGCCAGAUCGAGGAAGUCUGUUUAAUGGAGAGUUAGGUGAUUUUGCAUGGGAGCUGGUUGUUUAAAAAUAAGAAAGAUGCAGGAUUUGGGGAAUGUUAGCCUGUUCCUCUCCCUUCUUCCCUUCUUCCCUCCCUCCCUUCCUUCCCUUCCUUCCCUUCCUUCCUUCCUCUUUAAAGUAUUCUUCAUUUUGAACGUUGCAUCAUUAACAGUGCAUUGAAAAGGAGAACGGAUCCAUCUGUGGAGCCCCCCCGGGGAUUGGGGUCAGGUCUGCGGUGAGGGAGGGUUCUCCCGACAGCCCUGCGAGGCGGGUUAGGCUGAGAGAUCAUGCAGGGGGUGGGGAUCAGAAGGUGGGUCUCCCAGCUGGCGCUUGGGUGGCAAUCUCUUAUUGCCACUCUUGCCUGCCCCCCCGAUUUCCUGUGGUCUCCCAUCCAAAGGUUCCCAGCUCAACACUGCUUAGCUUAAUUUAAGAUUAGCCAAAGCCGAUGGUGGGCAGGGCCCACAAACCUAAAGCCAAAAUCCUUCUGGCAUUUUGCAGAGAGAUUUGCCUCUUCCUCCCAUUUGCAGCCGGCGCCUCGUUUGGCCCCGCGUCUGCCGUUUCGGCCCCACUGCUCCCAAGCCUCCCGCUUCCUCCCCACUCCCUGAAUGGAGGGCUACGAAAUUUGGAGACGGACCCCUCACUGAGGUCUCCCUCGAAAACCCCGUGAACAGAAGGCUUGGAUAGCUGCGUGGGGCUUCCCUGUCCAGGGGCAGUGUACCUUUCGGCAUUAGGGAUUAAGGACCCCCGGCCCCUGAGAGGCUGCCCUUCCCUGCCAGGCCCCAAAUUCCAAGAUGUGACCCCCGUUUCCUUGGGUGGGUGCACUGGGGGGGCAGGACAGGGGGGGCCUGCGAAGAGCUGUUUUUAAAGUCUUGCCUUUUCUCUCCUCGACUGCCUUCCUUCCCCCCCUCCCCGCCUUGGAAAUAAAUCCACCCACCUCCCUCUCUCUCGUUCAUUUCCCAGGAACUGUCAUCGAGCUCCGAAAGUCUCGAUAGAUCAUUUUGUUCCCCGGUCCGGCUUGCCCCUGAGCGAGAGUUCAUCAAGUCGCUGAUGGCCAUCGGGAGACGCCUGACGACGCUGCCGACCAAGGAGCAGAAGACGCAGCGGCUGAUCUCGGAGCUCUCCCUGCUGAACCACAAGCUGCCGGCCCGGGUCUGGCUCCCCACCGCUGGCUUUGACCACCACGUGGUGCGAGUCCCCCACACCCAGGCGGUGGUCCUCAACUCCAAGGACAAGGCUCCUUACCUAAUCUACGUGGAAGUACUUGAAUGCGAAAACUUCGACACCACUAAUGUCCCGGCCCGGAUCCCGGAGAACCGGAUCCGCAGCACGCGCUCGGUGGAGACCCUCCCCGAGUGCGGCAUCACCUACGAGCAGCGCGCCAGCAGCUUCACCACCGUGCCCAACUACGACAACGACGAGGAGGCCUGGUCCGUGGACGACAUCGGGGAACUGCAGGUGGAGCUCCCCGAGAUGCACACCAGCAGCUGCGACAACAUCUCACAGUUCUCCGUGGACAGCAUCACCAGCCAGGAGAGCAAGGAGCCGGUCUUCAUCGCCGCUGGGGACAUCAGGGGUCUUAAAACACCACUGUUGAACGCCUACUGUUCUGAAAGGGGGCGUAAAGGAAGAUGUAUGGCAGGCCCUUGUUUCUGGAGGGCAGCCACCGCGUCCCGUUGGCUUCCUCGGCUGGUAGAACCGGGGCUGAUGGAUCGUCAAGACCCCCCAGCGGGGUGCCAUCACGAGCGGAGUCCAGCGAAGCCUCAACCCUUCCCUGCUCUCCGCAGGCGGAUCCGAGAGGGCUCUCCCUACGGGCACCUCCCCAACUGGCAUCUCCUCUCCAUGAUCGUCAAGUGCGGGGAUGACCUCCGGCAAGAGCUGCUCGCUUUCCAAGUUCUCAAGCAGCUGCAGUCCAUCUGGGAGCAGGAGCGGGUCCCCUUGUGGAUCAAGCCCUACAAAAUCCUCGUCAUCUCGGCCGACAGCGGCAUGAUCGAGCCAGUGGUCAACGCCGUCUCCAUCCACCAGGUCAAGAAGCAGUCCCAGCUCUCGCUGCUGGACUUCUUCCUGCAGGAGCACGGCCAAUACACCACCGAGGGCUUCCUGACCGCCCAGCGCAACUUCGUGCAGAGCUGUGCGGGCUACUGCCUCGUCUGCUACCUGCUGCAGGUGAAAGACAGGCACAACGGCAACAUCUUACUAGACGCAUAUGGGCACAUCAUCCACAUAGACUUCGGGUUUAUCCUCUCUAGUUCUCCCCGGAACCUGGGUUUCGAAACCUCGGCCUUCAAACUCACCACCGAGUUUGUUGACGUGAUGGGCGGCAUAGGCGGGGACAUGUUCAACUACUACAAAAUGCUGAUGCUGCAGGGCCUCAUCGCGGCCCGCAAGCACAUGGACAAGGUGGUGCAGAUCGUGGAGAUCAUGCAGCAAGGUUCUCAACUGCCCUGCUUCCACGGCUCCAGCACCAUCCGGAACCUGAAGGAGCGUUUCCACAUGAACAUGACGGAGGAGCAGCUCCAGCUGCUGAUCGAGCAGCUGGUGGAUGGGAGCAUGCGCUCCAUCACCACCAAGCUGUAUGACGGCUUCCAGUACCUCACCAAUGGCAUCAUGUGACGGCCAGCCGCGCCGGCCUCCCCCUCCGGAACCGGACCUUCCCCCCGCGGGGC